UUAUUUCGCUAUUAGACGUGUACCUCUCGCGUCCAAGGCGGGAACGGACGUACUAAGAACUUGAACUAUAAAUCUGUUAUAUCCUAUACGUGAGGAGAUUGUGAAUAAUUUUGAUCCUUUAUAAUUAAAGUGUCGGCUCAUAAAAUAUAUUUCAGAAGUGUUAACUCCAGUCUAUGUGAUGUGGCUAAUCGGAUUGUUACUGUUCUUUGUAACAGCAAGUCGACAACUAUCGAUAUCAGAGUUUGAUGUGCCUGACGCCGUGCGCCUCGGAGACAACGCUUCCUUGCAGUGUCGAUACGAGCUUGACCCACUCGAGUCAGAUCAGUCUCUCUUCGUAAAGUGGUGGUGGACUCCUUUAAAUGGUUCAAGCGACGAGAGAACUCAAUUAUAUCAAAGGAUUGCUGGUCGUGAUCCUGUCGCCAUACACCAUGAAAUUGAAAUAGAAGAUCAUGACGACAUUUUACUGCUCAACGUCUCGGUGAAGGACUCGGGAACAUACGAAUGCGAAGUAUCAAAUAUAGAUGAAGUUCGCAUGUCCGAUACGUUGAUUGUUUUCAGUUCGGGAAGUGGCGUUGAUCUCGACCUCACCACAACUGACGACGGUCCGGACGAGGACUCCGACGACGACGUGCUGGUCACGUGUCAAGCGUCAGACGUCGCCCCCUACCCUGACCUCACCCUCACGAUUAAUGGCGACGCUAUCAAUGCUUCGGAGUCAGUGACGAGCUUGGGUGAUGACACUUACGACAUUCUGAUCAACAUGACAGUGAGCGAACUGGCGCCUGGAUCUGACGUCUCCUGCAAGCUCAGUUUUCUAAAUCUCAAUGUCUCCGACGCAUUAUUUACUGCCACAGAGACUUACAAUGAUUCAUCGGUCACCACAACUGAAGAGACCCCCGAGAUGUCGACAGAGGCCUCUGACAUAAACUCUGUAAGCCGCGCUUCGAGCUCCGUUUGGAUAUUGUCAUUGACAGCGGCAACUGUAAUAAAUUUUCUUCGGUAAGAUUAUUGAAAAUGGGGGGAUAUUAUUAUAAAUUAUUGUUGAAAUCUUUUAAAUAAAUUUUAUUUUAUGUUUCCA